GGCGCUCAGACUCAGGGUAAGUAGAUCCCCCGCCCCUGGCCGGGGCACGAGCGCCAAUGCGAGACAUCCGCGCGGACCUCCGGGAAGGUUCCUAUGUUGAUGCCAUUAUCUGUUGCCCGAUCCUUGACGGAGGCCGUCCGCCAGGGCGCGCGCGACGCGGGGUUCCUCGGCAGGGACGGGUACGCCGUGCUGCUGCGCGACGGGGCGCCCCGAGAGCAGGCGGCCGUCCUGCGCGAGAUGGCCACCUUGUCGUGUGAGUCCCCCGGGCUCAGGGCAUGUGUCCUCAACGUGGUGGUGAUGCGCCUUGCCCAGGCGGGCGAUCUCGAGCAGGCCCGCGGGGUCCUGCGGGAGAUGGCCCGCGAGCGGCUGUGGAACCCGCUGACCUACCAGCUGGCCGGGCGCCUGCCGGCUUCGGCCAGCAGUCUGGAGGGGGCGCCGCCGUUCCCAGGGCUGGUGGACGCCGGCGCUGGAUCGCACAAGUACGUGCGGGCGGCCUACCAUGCGCUCGCGAGGGCAUCGUUCGGCGACGCCGAGUCCAUUCUCCGCGCGCUCGAGGAGUUCUCGGGGAGGAGCUGGCUGAAAUUCGGGGCCGCCUACGAGAAGGGCGCGGUCAUCGACGGCGUCUUGCAGCGACUACCCCGUCGGGGGCGACCUAGCAACGUGGUCGAAUAUGGCACGUUUCUGGGCUACUCCGCUAUCCGAAUGGCGCGAGUGCUCGGCGCCGGAGCCAGGAUCGUGACCUUCGAGCUUGACCCGGAGGUCGCUUGCCUGGCAAUGAACCUGAUCGAGUUCGCGGCGACGGGCGUGCAGAUCGACGUCUGGACCGGGCAGUGCGAAGACCUGGCGCCGCGCCUGGUGGAGCAGGUUGGCCUCCAUUCCGUCGACCUUGUGUACAUGGACCACAGCCAGAUCACGUACCACCGGGACCUGGCCCAGCUCGAGGCGCUGGGCGUCCUCGCCAGCGACGCGCGGGUCGUCGCGACGCAGGGCCUGAAGCCAGGCGCGCCGCUGCUGGCGUGGCGGCUGGCGCAGGCUGAGAAAGCCGGGAGGUGUUCCGUGGAGGUGGUCUCGUCGCCGGACUGCGGCUGCCGCAUGAUGGAGGAUUGGGUCGUCACGGCCCAGAUUCACGGACAGCCGCAGGAUUCGUGGGAGCCCCCAGAGCCGCCGUUCCAGUUGGCGCUCCUUGCAGCGGAGUGCAACUUGAUGCGCUGGCGCACGGCGCAGGGGCUCGUGGACGAGCGCCGCUGGAAUGGCUUCGUGCAGCACGUCCGCCGGGGCGUGGAGCAGCACGCCGGCCUCGCGAGCGCGCGGGACGUCUGGCCCGACGCCUCGGUGCGGGACCGGGCCCGGAGGCUGCGGUUCGAGCGGAUGGACUACUAGGGUCGGCAUCGCCUGGACCCACAGUCAGGACGCUGAAAUAAUGCAGCUUGGGUUCGGGAGGAGCUCGUCGUCAUCUGGGCGGCCUCCCGAGACAGGACGGACCGGCAUCUUGGAGUACGGCAGGAUGGAGUGCGACGGAGGACGGAACUGGCGCGGGGCGCGGGCUCCAGCUGGCGCGGCGGGGGCCCUGGCAGAGGUUCGAGCUCACCUGCGGGAUUGACGAUCGGAGGGGUGCCAGUGGAGACAGCGGCGGUCUCCCUGGCGUUUCUCAUCUUUUCCCAAGGCGAGCUUUCCGCCAGCCGAAGAAAGUCAUGGCACUCGUCGUUGUUGCCACGCUCCUGGUAGAUUGAGAUGGUGGAUAAUUACUCUUUCGCAUUUGCUGACUGCCAUCUUUACCUCACGCUGGUAUAUUAUGAGUGGUACUGUUGAUCCCGACGUCAAGCAAUCGGAUGACCAUCGAUGGGUACCGUCAGGAAGAAUGUCGCCGGAGUCGCGUUUUACAGAGGUCAUACGGGGCAUUGCCAUGACGAAGCUGUGU